AUGAGUGAUAUAUCAUUAGAUGAUUCAAUAUGUAUCUUUGAAAAGGAUACAAAUAAUGAUGUUUUAAUGACUUGGUGUUUUCCAACGAUUGAAGAUUCAAUAAGAAAUGUAGUAUUGAAUAGAAGUGGUUUAAAGAAUGAUUCAGUCAAUGCACAAUUCAAUUUCAGUAAAUACAAGAAUUCUUGGAUCUAUCUAUACACUAUAUCUAUACCUGCUCAAAAAGAUAAAGAUGAAUCUAUAGUCAUACCAGAUACAUUAAAGAAAGUUGUAUUAUUUACUAUUUGUAUCAUUCGUAAUGUAUAUAAUCCAGAAAAGUAUGGAACACUUGCACAGAUAAUGUCAAAUAUUUAUUUAAAGACUGGUGAUCCAAGUAAAUUAUUGGAAUGUCAUCUAAGAGCUGUCAAUCGUGGACAAUUUGAUGUUGGUGCAUUGGGUAAAUUUGUUGAUGCCGAUUAUGAUAUUCGUCGUUCCUAUCUUGCCACUAGUAUCAAAGAUAUCAUUAAAUUGUUUGAUGAACAAUCCAUUUUAAUUUGGAAUGCAAUGAUGUUAAAGAAAAGAAUCGUUAUUUAUUCUGAUAAAAUUUCUCCUUUAUUAAAGGUUAUUAGAGGAUUUCCAUUAUUUGUAUUUCAUAGACAAAAUUGGAGUUUAUUAAGACCAUAUGUAACAGUUGAUGAAGAUGAAAUUAAAGAAUUGGUAAAUAAUGGUGUCUAUGUUGCCGGGUUUACUGAUCCUUCAAUUAAAUCUCGAGAAGAUUUAUAUGAUUUAUUAGUUGAUUUACCAUCAAAAGAAAUAACAGUAGCAUCACAUGCAAAAGAUCAAUUUUUAUUAUCAUCAAUACAUAAAGAUAUAUUGAAAUUAUUAUUAACAUCGAUUGAUGAAGAAGUGGAAGAACCAAUGAGUGAUCAAGCAGUCAUGAAAGCAUUGACCAUCAAAGUAAAAGAAUUACUCGUUAAAUUGGAAUCACUCAAAGUCGAAGGUGACGAUGGAAAAUCAAUGGUCACUCUAAAGAGUUUACAAGAACGUAAAUUACCACCUGGUAUGGAUACUUUUCUUUUUAAUGUUGCCAAUGUUGAAGGUUUAAAUAAUCAAUAA